AUGGCAGAGAGCGAACGCAACGGAGCCAGAGACGAAUUGCCUCGCGUCUCUGUGGACUCAAUCCAAGACUGGUUCCGCAUUAAAGAAAACCUGAACUCUGCUGCUAUUGCUAUUCUCGAUUCAAAACUUUCGGAACGUGGUUCAGAAAACCAGCGAAAUCUCCUCCUGCCCCAUGUGAUACAGUUCUUAGAAAGGACAUAUCGGCUUGCAAAACCGAAUUUGCGAAUAAAUGGGCGUAACUUUGACGAAUAUGAUGGUGAUGAACAAGAAAUGGACCAGUUCGACGAGUCUUUGGACAGGCGAGUCUGGUCUCUUUCUGACCAGCGCCUGAAAUGGGAUCUUGAAAUUGCUACGAAGCGGCGAAACGUCCCGCGGGAAGUGGAGAACCUAAUGCUCGACCUUUUCAAUAAACAAAGGGAGCAUGAUGAUCGGCAGUUAGGGCAACAGGAUACUGAAAUGGAAGUUGACAAUGAUGUAGCUGGGGGUGAGGAGGGUUUGUCCGACGCGAAUGUCAAGUUAACUGAGAUCGCGGAAGAACUUCAACAGAAUGUCCCCGAGCAGCUUGAAAGGGCUCAGCGAGUUAAACAGGUGGAUGAGGAGAUUCGCAAUCUACGCACGUGAUUAUUUGUUAUUUGUACCGG